GGCCGGCCGCGGUAGGCGCGGCGCAGUGACCGUCCGGAGUGUGCGUCUCUCGCUGCAGGCGGCUACCGGCUCCGCUGCGGGAGCGAGGCGGCUGCGGCGAUGGCGGUGGAGCGGGGCCGCCUGAGCUUCCCGGGCAGCGCCGGGGUGUUGAGCCGCCCAGUGCCCAUGAACCUAUUCGCCACCUGGGAGAUCGACGGCUCCAGCCCCAGCUGUGUCCCCAGGUUGUGUACCUUGACUUUAAAGAAAUUGGUCGUCUUAAAGGAAUUGGAUAAGGAGCUCAUUUCUGUGGUCAUUGCAGUCAAAAUGCAGGGCUCGAAGCGAAUACUACGGUCUCAUGAAAUUGUGCUACCACCAAGCGGACAUGUGGAAACCGAACUUGCACUAACUUUUUCACUACAGUAUCCUCACUUCUUGAAAAGAGAAGGCAACAAGCUUCAGAUCAUGCUGCAAAGGAGGAAGCGAUACAAAAACCGAACGAUUCUGGGCUACAAGACUUUAGCAGUGGGCUCCAUCAACAUGGCCGAGGUGAUGCAGCACCCGUCUGAAGGAGGCCAGGUUCUGAGCCUUUUCAGUAACAUCAAGGAAACCACGGCCAAAGUAGCAGAGAUCUGGAUCUUCUCACUGUCUAGUCAGCCAAUAGACCAUGAAGACAGCACCAUGCAGCCUAGCCAGAAGAUCAAAUCCACAGAUAACUAUUCUGAAGAAGAGUAUGAGAGCUUCUCUUCUGAGCAGGAAGCCAGUGAUGAUGCUGUCCAUGGACAGGAUUUGGACGAUGAUGAAUAUGAGCUGGGCAAACCAAAGAAACAGCGGAGAUCGAUAGUAAGAACGACGUCCAUAACCAGGCAACAAAACUUCAAGCAGAAAGUGGUGGCGUUGCUGAGAAGGUUUAAAGUAUCCGAUGAGGUUCUGGAUUCAGAGCAGGACCCAGCAGAACAUGUGCCAGAAGUGGAGGAAGACUUGGACCUUCUGUACGAUACAUUGGAUAUAGACAACCCCAGUGACAGUGGCCCUGAAAUGGAAGAUGACGACAGUGUCCUCAGCACUCCUAAACCAAAGUUAAAACCGUAUUUUGAAGGCCUGUCACACUCCAGCUCUCAGACAGAAAUUGGUAGCAUCCACAGCAUCAGAAGCCAAAGAGAGCCAUCAAGUCCUGUGGAAGUGCCUGGAAAGACGACGAGCCUUGGAAGCAAACAUCCAGGCGACAGUAUCUCUGACACUGUGUCUUACGAGCCUAGCCAGCAAGACUCCCAGGAAGCAGAACUCUCCACACUGGAUGUGUUCAUUGAGAAACUCCCACCAACUGGAAAAAUCACCAAGACAGAGUCUCUCAUUAUUCCUUCCACCAGCAGGCCAGAAGGGAAGCAAACUGGUCGCCGUGGCAGAAGCACUUCACUGAAGGAAAGGCAGCCAGCGAGGCCACAGAAUGAGAGGGCGAACAGCCUGGACAAUGAGCGCUCUCCAGACACCAGGCACCACCUGCAGAUUCCAAGGAAAACUGUAUAUGAUCAGUUGAAUCACAUCCUGAUUUCUGAUGACCAGCUACCAGAAAAUAUUAUUCUUGUCAAUACUUCGGACUGGCAAGGCCAGUUUCUCUCCGAUGUCUUGCAAAAACAUACCCUCCCUGUGGUCUGUACGUGCUCUUCUGCUGAUGUGCAGGCGGCUUUCAGUACGAUUGUCUCCAGGAUACAGAGAUACUGUAACUGCAAUUCUCAGCCUCCAAAUCCCAUUAAAAUUGCAGUGGCCGGAGCCCAGAAUUACCUCAGUGCUGUGUUGAGGCUCUUUGUAGAACAGCUGUCUCACAAAACCCCGGACUGGCUCAGCUACAUGAGAUUUUUGAUCAUCCCACUAGGUUCUCAUCCAGUGGCGAAGUAUCUAGGCUCUGUAGAUUACAGGUACAACAACUUCUUCCAAGACUUAGCGUGGAGAGAUUUGUUUAAUAAACUUGAAGCACAGACCACUGUUCAGGAAAUACCAGAUAUUGUCUCCAGAAUAACCCAGUAUAUAGCCGGGGCAAACUGUGCACACCAGUUGCCUAUUGCAGAAGCAAUGUUGACAUACAAACAGAAAAGGAAAAAGAGCUUUCAUUUUGAUUUUACCAUAAGCCCUGAUGAAGAAUCGUCCCAGAAGUUCAUUCCCUUUGUUGGGGUGGUAAAGGUUGGAAUAGUGGAACAGUCCUCAGCGACAUCAGGUGAUUCCGAUGACGCAGCUCCCUCUAGUUCCAGUGUCCUUUCCUCUACCCCGCCUUCUGUGUCUCCUGCUGUGAAGGAAGCUUCCCCCACCCCACCUUCCUCGCCGUCUGUCACGGGCAGCUUCUCUUCCUCCAGCCAGAGCCUUGGUGCUGAGCUGAUGGGACUGCAGGUGGAUUACUGGAUUGCAGCUCAGCCCAUGGAGAAGAAGAGAGACCCGGAGAAGAAGGACCCUUCCACUGCCAAAAACACACUCAAAUGCACUUUCCGGUCUCUCCAGGUCAGCAGGUUACCCACGAGUGGGGAGACCACCAGCACUCCAACGAUGUCAAUGACAGUUGUGACAAAGGAAAAGAACAAAAAGGUGAUGUUUUUGCCCAAGAAAACAAAAGACAAGGAGAUUGAGUCUAAGAGUCAAUGCAUUGAAGGAAUUAGUAGAUUGAUUUGCACAGCAAAACAUCAGCAGAAUAUGCUGCGGGUCCUAAUUGAUGGCGUAGAGUGGAACGAUGUGAAGUUCUUUCAGCUGGCAGCACAGUGGUCCUCCCAUGUCAAGCACUUUCCCAUCUGCAUAUUCGGACACUCCAAACCUAACUUCUAACCACUUUAAGCAGUGCGGCUUUCUGCCUGUAUGGAGACUGCACACGCAGGAACCAGGAAUUUGAGUGCCAACUCUGACUCAAGUCUGCUUGCUCUCUCCUGCAGAUUACUUACAGAUGCGUCUGGAUUACUUCUGAAUUACUUUUUUCUAUUAAUUCUUAAGUUUACUACAAGGGAAGGAAAUCCACUGAACAAAACAAAAAACAGUCUUAAGCAGAAAUGUACCAAUAACAUGGAAAUUACCGGGAGAACCUCCAGAAGUGGGGUGACCUGCCGGAGAACUUAAGAGCAGAUAGCUGGAUAACUGCACUGCUUAUUAACCUGAAACCUCCUGGGUGUGUUUGUGGCUGGGUGUUCUGGAUUGGGCUUGAAUGGUUUUUGAGGGGAGAGUGGGAGGUACUGAGAGAAUGAAUUGUUUUAAAAUGUUUAACUCUGUGCCGCCCCCCUCCCCGACGUCACAUAAAGAAAGUAGAGCCUGGUUCAUCACCAGAUAGUUCAGGUACCAAGAAUGUGAAGUACAUUGCGCUGUCUGCCAAAAACCAAGCUAAUAACUGAGGGAAACCCCAGGAUUCUCCACAGGUGAAGAAAUGCCAGAGGGUCACUAUUUUAAGGCCAGCUACUGAAAUGGGCAGGCAUGUUCACUCUCGUGCCUGAUUCAGGUUGGGCAGAGACUGAAAUACAAAGUAUGAAAUGUCUGUUUGAGGAAUCCCAUUGCUCCAAGUCCAUCCCAAUAACCCAACCAAGUCAGUCACAACACCCCCUGCAGCCCGGAGCUGGAUUUGAAGGACACCAGUUCAGUGGGGUUGUUGCUAUUUAGAUUUUCACACAGAUUAUGGACAUCAAUAAAACCUUGCCCGGCCUCUCAAGAGAAUGGAUUUUUACAGGUGCAGAUUUUUUUUAAUGCUUUUAAAAAAGAUUAAGUUGCUAAAAAAGAUAACAGGAAAGAUGAGCUGCUGUCUAAUGAGUCAGGCAUUAAUGUACUGGCUAGUUCCUGUGCCCCUUGGGCCUAUACACAUGAGCAGCUGCAUUUUACACCAGCUACGUUCACACCCACACAGCAAAAGCACAUGUGCAUGUGAAAGCACAUACAAUACCAGCUCGCAGCAAAUGCGCUACCUGCAUACAUCAUCCUGAAUGUGCCCUCUCUUCUAGGCAGUGUGUACAGGGUUCCCCCCUCACAUGCCAAAUGGGAAUCCCUUGUUUGGGGGCCCCCUCCAGCCACGUGAGCUGCUGCUGCUGUUUCUGAGGCAGGAGGCCAUGUAGCAAAGCCAGCUCUGAGAGCAGAAGCAGAGAACUUCGGCUUGUCUGGACUGCGUUGGAAUGCCUCAUGCACGGAUUGUGUCAUCUGAGGGUUCUCUCAGCUAUUCUAGUUCUUUGACUCCAGCAGUGCACCUGUGUUGCACAGUGCACCGUUAGCCAGCUGGGCCACGUGCCGGCUUAGGAUCCAUCCUCCAAGGGGCCUGCCAUGGAAAAUGAGGGUGGAGGAGUCACUCAGUGCCCCUGUACUUCCUGUGGGCUUCUCUCCAUGGGAAAGAAGCUACUCCAGCAGGAUACAAGCUUGCAGCUAGCAGAACCCACCAUUCAGGGAUUAAGGAUUUACUGUGCAAAACCAACCAGUGCCUGUGUGAAAUGCACUGGCCACUAUAGCCCUGACCCUGAGCACUACUGCAGCUCAUGAGUGGGAAACUGUAAGCUAUGAAUGUUCUCCCUUCCCCCUCCCCUAAAAUAUCACAGUGCCAGCCCAUUCCCAGGGUAUAUUAAAGCCAGGGCUGGCUCCAGGCACUAGCCCAGCAAGCAGGUGCUUGGGGCGGCCAUGGGGAAGGGGCGGCAUGUUGGGCUGUUCGGU